UGAGCUUCGGCUGAGGAACUGCAGCUGGUCCCAAACAAAACCGGAGGAGAGAUUUGCCCAGGAGCCGGAGACAGGGAGAUGUGUCUGAGUGGAUUAAAAACCCUGACAGUCAUCGUGAUGUUCAUUCUGAUCCCCGAGCCCGAGAUUCCUCAUGCAGCUGGGACUUUUGAGCUUCAAAUUAGAUUGAUGCAGAAUCGCAAUGGCGAGCUUCACAGUGGCGUCUGUUGUGAUGGUGAGCGGGAAACUCCCCAUUCCCGCUGCACACAAGAUGAAUGUGACACACGUUUUCAUGUCUGCCUCAAGCAUUACCAAGUCCGGGUGCUUCCUGGGGGACCUUGCAUCCUGGGGACAGGUUCCAGCUCCAUUUUAGGUGGCAAUUCAUUUUCUUUCAAAAGCAAAAACAGUGAUGAAAAUGCCGGCAGUAUCAGAGUCCCCUUUCGUUUUGCAUGGCCGAGAUCCUACUCCCUGAUACUGGAAGCAUGGGAUUAUGAUAAUAAUUCAGCCAAUGAUGCAGGAACCCAGCAGUUGAUUGAGAGGGUCAUUCAUUCAGGAAUGAUUAACCCAGGAGAGCAAUGGCAACACCAACGGCACCAGGGUCGAAUCGCACGUAUUGACUACAAUGUCCGUGUAUAGUGUGAUGAAAAUUACUACGGUUUGGGCUGCAACAAGCUAUGCCGGCCACGCAAUGACUUCUUUGGCCACUAUAUGUGUGAUUCAGUUGGAAACAAAGUCUGUGUGGAGGGGUGGAUUGGACCACAAUGUGCUCAAGCGGUGUGUAAACAAGGUUGUCAUGAGACCCGUGGCUACUGUGAAGUACCUGAAGAAUGCAAGUGUCACUAUGGUUGGCAAGGGGUCCUUUGCAGCAUGUGCAUUCCAUUCCCAGGCUGCAUUCAUGGAACAUGCUCUGAACCCUGGCAGUGUGACUGUGAGACUAACUGGGGUGGCAUCCUCUGUGACAAAGACUUGAAUUACUGUGGGACACAUCAGCCCUGCCAAAAUGGCGGCACGUGUGAGAAUGCAGAACCCAAUGAGUACCAGUGCAUCUGUCCAGAGGGCUUUGGUGGACAGAACUGUGAUGUUCGUACCUCAGACUGUUCCACAAGUUGUCAAAAUGGUGGUAUCUGUCAG